AUGGAUCGGAACAGAAGGUACUUCCAUAAUAUAGCUUCGGCGAGAAAGAGGAAUAACCAGAUUGAGUCGUUGGUCCUUAAUGGGAGGAUAGUAAGGAAUCAAGCAAGAAUCAAGAUUGCAGUUCGGGACUUCUACAAAAUCCUGUACCACCAGGAAGCGUCCCCAAGGGUGACCUUUAAGGAUGGAUUAGUUAAUCGCUUAGAGAGGGAGGAAGCGGAAACUCUAGAGACGCUACCAUCAGUAGAGGAAGUGAAGGAGGCAGUUUGGGAUUAUGAAUCUUCUAAGGCUCCAGGGAGUGAUGGAUACAACAUGUAUUUUAUAAAGAAGUGCUCGAAUGAGAUUGGAACGAAAUAUACUGCAGCUGUGAUGAAUUUCUUUGAGACUGCAAGAUUACCAGCAGACGCUAAUGUCACAUGGGUAGCGCUGGCCCCGAAAUUCGUUGAGGCUAAGGAGAUAAAAGAUCUUAGACCUAUCAGUAUGGUUGGGUGUGUCUAUAAGAAGAAGAAGGCAUCAGCGAUUAUUAAACUCGACUUCCAAAAAGCAUAUGACAGAGUCAAAUGGUGCUUUGUUGAUACUGUGCUGGAGAAGAUGGGAUUUGGAAGAACAUGGAGGGCAUGGGUUAGGGAAUGUGUUACAUCGGCUUCAAUCUCUAUUAUGGUUAAUGGGUCACCAUCGAAACCAUUCAAAAUGGAGAGGGGACUACGUCAAGUCGGUAGGGACAAUAUAGAGUUAUCACACUUACAAUUUGCUGAUGACACUAUAUUGUUUUGUCCGCCGGAGGAGGAGACACUAAGAAACUAUAAGAGGCUUCUGAGGUGCUUUGAAAUGAUGUCUGGCUUGAGCAUUAACUUUGAGAAGUCCAACUUGAUACCAGUGAACUGCAGCUCGGAGUGGAUGAAUCGGAUGUGCCAGCUACUAGGUUGUAAAGAGGCAGCUCUACCGGUGAGAUACCUUGGCAUUAGUCUAGGAGCAAAUCUGCGGUUGGUAAAAACUUGGAAGCCACUUCUAGAUAAGGUGGAAGAGAAACUUAGCUUGUGGAAAGCAAAGAUUCUUAGCAAGGCUGGUAAGCUGGUAUUUAUUAAGUCGGUAAUUAACAGCCUACCUAUUUAUUACCUGAGUUUGUACAAGAUGCCUAAUGCGGUAGCACGAAGAAUAAUAUCCUUACAGAGGAGGUUCUUUUGGGGGAAGGAUGAUGGUCGACCUGGUGUGGCCCUUGUGAAGUGGGAGCUGAUCCAGGCACCAAAGAAGUUAGGAGGAUUGGGGGUGGGUAAUGCGGUGGUCUGGAAUACAGCCUUACUAUUUAAAUGGUAG